AUGGCUGUUGCUGAGACCCAUUUUGUGAAAGUAAAACAUGCAGCUCUAGAUGUACCCAAGAAAACAUUAUGGAAUAAGAAAAAUGGUAAUUUUGAAAAAGGUAUAUUUGAAGAUGAAACAGUUGUUCACUCUCAACACCUACCACAGCAUCAGAGCAGUUGUAAUGACCAGGCUAUGCAAAACAUUAAAGGUGAAACCAAAGCUGAUCUUUUUACAUUUAAAAACAUUAUCAUAAUUGAGCCAGAUACUUUGGAAACACAGAAAAAUGUGAGCUUGCAGGAGUGUUAUAAAACUUGCAUUCAAAAUCCAUUGUGUAACUCUUUUAAGUAUAAUAAAGAGACAAAGAUCUGUUAUCAUAGUACUGACAAUCACUUGACUCAUGACCUUAAACCAAGCAAAGAUAAUUGGGAUACUUACAUCAUUAACCCAGUUCAUGAAAAAAUUAACUGUGGAGUUCCAAAAGAUAUUCCUGGUAUAUUGAAGUUCUACAAAACCACCAGGUAUAAAUCUGAAGUAAUCUAUACCUGUUCAAAAGGAGAACAAUUAAAGUCAACAUGUGAAAUGAACAAAGAAUGGACUCCUAUAGUAUCAAACUGUAAAGUUGCUCAGAUCCAUUUUGUGAAAGUAAAUGGUGCAGCUCUGGGUGUACCAGGGAAAAUAUUGUGGAAGAAGAAAAAUGUAACAGCAGAAGCCUGUGCAGAAAAAUGUUUGUCUGAAGAAACUUGUUCAUCAUUUGAAAUAACUAAAGGUGGGAAAUGUUACUUAUCAAAGGGAAGUGCAGCUGCCUCUACGAAAAUAAAAUCAGCCAAAGACAGAGAUUACUACCAACAAGUAAAACCUAAUGAUAAGCCUAUCGUGUUGAAAAAAGUUAGCAUGGCAAAGCAGGAUAUUUUGAAACGGUUUAAGAAUGUGAACUUAAAGAAGUGUAAUGAAGCUUGCUAUCAAUAUCUAGAAUGUAAUUCUUAUCAAUACAAUGAGGAGGAGAAGUUAUGUGAGCUGAGUAAUGUGACUCAGUUGACUGAUAAACUUAAACCCAAUGGAAGUUGGGAUGUAUACAUUAUUAAUCCAGUUUACACAGAAACUGACUGUGGACAGCCAAAAGACAUUGCUAGAGCAUCAAAAUCUUACAACACCACUACCUUUCAUUCUGAAGUGACUUAUUCUUGUCCAGGAGGACAUAAAUUAAAAGCUAUAUGUAAAGAAGGCAAUAGAUGGCUUCCAGUAAUGACUUCUUGUAAAGAAAUUAUUUCUUUUAUUGUUGCCGUUGUUUUCAUUGGUGUAAAUUUUAUUUUAAUUCCAGUUGCUGAGAACCAUUUUGUGAAAAUAGUAAGUGCAGCUCUAGAUAUAUCUGGGAAAAUAUUGUGGAAAAAGGAAAGAGUAACAGCAGAAGCCUGUGCAGAAAAAUGUGUGUCUGAUGAAACUUGUAUAUCAUUUGAAAUAAUGAAAAAAACUGAGCAAUGUUACUUAUCAAAGGAAAGUGCAGCUACCUCUAAGGAAAUAAAAGCAGACAAUAGCAGAAACUACUAUCAACAAGUAAAACCUGAUGAGGACAUUUUUACAUUUAAAAAUGCUAUCUUAGAUGUGCAGGAUGUUUUUGAACCACUGAAAAAUCUGAGCUUGAAGGAGUGUAAAGGAGCUUGCCUUCAGACUCCAGGAUGUAGCUCUUAUAAGUAUAAUGAAAUGGCAAAGACCUGUCAUGGAAAUAAUGCAUCUCACUUGACUCAUAACGUGAAACUAAACAAAAAGGGUUGGGAUACUUACAUCAUUAACCCAGUUUUAGCAAAAAUUAACUGUGGAACUCCAAAAGACGUUGUUGGUGCAUCGAAGUUCUACAGUACCACCAAAUAUAAAUCUGAAGUGACCUAUAUUUGUCCAGGAGAUGAAAAACUAAAGUCAAUAUGUGGGAAGGACAACAAAUGGACUUCAGUAGCUCCUAUUUGUGAUGAUACUAAGAACCAAUUUAUGAAAAUAAAAGAUGCAUUUCUGGAUUGGAAGCCUGUAUAG